AUGUUGGGUGCUGUUUUGCUGCUGCGGCGAGGAGGGGAGGACGAGUACGAAGACUACCACGACGACUACAGCUGUGAAGACGACAGCGAACCCACCGCGCCGCCCCUCCUACACCAGGCCCGGUUCGAGACUCGACCUGAUGGAGCCACCUUCACGGGCGACAAGUUCAACGGCCAGCGCCACGGCUUCGGCACCUACUGCUUCCCCGCCUACGACCCUCGGCUGUCCUACGAGGGCGGGUGGAAGCACAACCGGGAGCACAGGCAGGGCGCGCUCGACGACCGCGAAGGCUCGCGGCACGAAGGGGACUGGGCGCACGGCCUCAGGCACGGGCCUGGCCAGGCCACGAGCGCCAGGGGCGAGGUCACCCAGGGUGUGUUGGUGAGCGACAAGCUGCACGGCCGGGCCAAGUGUGUGCUGGCCAACGGCUGCGAGGCCCACGGCGACUUCGUGUGCGACAAGAGGGAGGGCAUGUGGAUGCUGGUGAGCCCGCCUCACAGCGGGGCGAUGACGGUGAUGAGCCUGUGGCAAGACAACCACUUUGACAAGUUCGCUGGUGCCAUCCCCGUGCCAACAACUACCCAGAUCUCGUCCCUGCUCGAUGCCACCCUCGUUUGGGCGGACCACCUUCAAGCCAUCAAUGGCUCCUACACCGCGUACCAACCGACCCACAUGUAG